UCUGGUCCCCCGUCAUUUCUUGCUCUCAAUUCCUUCACCACAUGGGGGUUCAUCCUGUAUUGGCUUCCUGUUUUUCUUUUUUCAGGUCUUUACGUAUCCAGCCCGGUAAAGAGCAGCAUUAUCUACCAGAAUGCCUACCAGUAGGCAGCCCGUCACGGAUCCCCUACUCGCGGAGGCAUUGGCAGACGAGGAAACGCCGCUCCUGAGGCGUGAGUCCAUCAGUUCUACAGCCCCGGUUCCUGUGUCGGUGAGAAGAGGAUUGGCAAUUCUCCUCACCAUGGGGCUUUUGGUAUUUAUCCAAGCUACCAACAUGUCAAUGAUGACAACGGCGCAAUCUGAAAUUGCGGAUGAUCUGGAUGCUUUUGAGGAAACCACAUGGUUUAAUUCUGCUUACAUGAUUGCCAUGUCCAGCGUCACUCCUUUAGCCGGACGACUCACCCAAAUAUUUACGCCUCGGAUCUACGUUCUGUUCUCCUGCAUGAUCCUAUCAAUUGGUCUUUUCGUCACUGCCUCGGCUCCGAACCUAUCAGUUUUUCUUCUGGGUCGAGCUCUCAGCGGUUUUGGCGCUGGUGGCCUUCUGAUCACCGGAAUCAUUUUGACCCUUGACUUGAUCAGUACAAGAAGACGGGCUAUAUUUAUUGGCCUAGUGAACCUGGGGAUGACCCUCGGGGUUUCAUCCGGAGCUGUUUUGGCUGGCCUGAUAACUCCAACAUAUGGAUGGCGUCUCAUUUUCUGGGUCCAAGCACCUAUCACUGUGGUUCUCGGGCCAAUUCUGUUCUUUGCCAUUCCUUCCCAUCCUCACUUUGAAUCUGGCGAAUCGAAAACAAGUACUUUCCUCCAAAAAUUGAAAAAAGUGGACUACGCAGGUGCAUUAACUUUGACGGCAUGUAUCUUUCUUCUGCUAUUUAGCCUUGCUUCUCCGCAAAUCCUGAUCACACCGAUACUGCUUUGUUUUGUAUUUUUCGCUGCCUUCUGGGUUAUCGAGUCCAAAUACGCCUCUGAGCCUAUCGUUCCGAUCGAGGUGAUUAAAACCCGGAGCGUCUUGCUUUCCUGCUUCGCUGCACUAGCUGCAAUGACGGCCCGCUGGGGGGUUCUUUUUUAUUCUCCCGUCUACGCCAUGGCAGUCCGGGGCUGGUCUCCCGCAUCUGCUGGGUUAAUCUUAAUGCCAACGAAUGCAGGUUUCGGACUUGGAGGCUUGGUCGUCGGGUGGACGCAUAUUCACCAUGGACAAAGCUAUUACCUGUCUAAUGUCAUUGUCUAUCUUCUCUUCGCCAUCUCAACCCUAUUACUCUUCGCGCUUUCUACGCAGACAUCUCCCGCUGUCGGCUAUAUUGGCGCCACGUUCUUCAACGGUUUCAUAAUUGGCGCGUCAAUGAACUAUACCUUUGCCCACAUCCUCCACCUCACGAAACCAGAGGUUCAUUACAUUGUGACCGCGCUAAUGGGCAUGUCCCGAGGAUUCGCGGGUAGUUUUGGAUCAGCCAUAGGUGGAGGGUUCUUUCAACGUGAAUUAAAGAACGGCUUGGAGACAGGGUACGCGAAGCAAGGUCUCUCCGGCAAAGAGGAAAUUAUCCACAAACUCCUCGGGAGUCCAGCGUUAAUAAGAAAGCUGGAUAGCGUAGAUAGAGAGGUUGCGAUGGAAAGUUAUGAACGCGCCAUUAAAAUGCUUCUUUUGGGGGGCUUUGUGAUCAUACUACUGGCAACUGUCGCUCAAGCAGGAACAGGCUGGACGCCUCCACAAGAGGAGGACAACAGUGUAGAGGAGGAAAGCCCUCUUCACGAAGACUAGCAGACAUUCUUAUCGCAUGUUCAUGUCAUGUACUAUAACUAUAUAACAAGAAUUAUACAUCAC